UCUUUGAUGGAAAGGUUUCACAAGACAAUGGGCUCUCUUCAGACGUGGAGUUGUUCACGGUCUAUGGUAGUGAUAAUUGCUUCUUUUGUGGUGUUGGCUUCAAUGGUUCAUCUGUUCUUGUUUCCUUUGGUGCCGUCUUCUCUCUAUUACAUCAGCAACCGAGAAGUUAAGAGUUCUUGUUCUCCAGUUAAUGGAUCAAGUGAGGGAGGGAAGCAACAUGUGGCUGGGAAUUUUGAGCCAAGUCUUGAUUUAGAUCAUCGGUUUCCUGCAGAUGCACAUAACGCAGUGGUUUACCAUGGUACACCAUGGUUGGCGAGGAUUGGUAGGUGGCUUUCUAGUUGUGAUUCAAUGUCUGCAGCUAUCAGUGUUGUUGAGAAAAUAGGUGGGAAUGGCUGCAAGAAUGACUGUAGUGGUCAAGGUGUUUGUAACCGGGAAUUGGGACAAUGCAGAUGCUUUCAUGGAUUUUCUGGGGAAGGUUGCUCGGAGAGACUGCAGUUGGAAUGCAAUCAUCAAGGAACACCAGAGCAACCAUAUGGGCAAUGGGUUGUCUCGAUUUGCGCUGCCUAUUGUGAUACAACAAGAGCUAUGUGUUUCUGUGGACAAGGCACAAAAUAUCCAAAUCGGCCUGUCGCAGAGGCAUGUGGGUUUGAACUCAGCUUACCAUCUGAGCCCGGUGCUCCAAAACUGGCCAAUUGGUCACAGCCUGAUCUGGAUAUUUUCACAACGAACAGUAGCAUAGCUGGAUGGUGUAAUGUGAACCCGGUGGAAGCAUAUGCAUCCAAGGUUGAAUUCAAAGAGGAAUGUGAUUGCAAAUAUGAUGGCCUCUGGGGUCGUUUCUGUGAAAUUCCUGUGCAAUGCACAUGUCUCAACCAAUGCUCUGGUCAUGGACAUUGCCGUGGUGGAUAUUGUCAGUGCAACAGUGGUUGGUAUGGAACAGAUUGCAGUAUCCCGUCUGUUUUAUCAUCUGUACAAGAGUGGCCUCGAUGGCUUCGGCCAGCCACAGUUGAUGUGCCUGAUGCACAAGUCAGUAGCAGCCCUGUCAACGUCAACGCAGUGGUUAAAAAGAAAAGACCCCUUAUAUACGUCUAUGAUUUGCCACCAGAAUUCAACAAUCUCCUUCUUGAGGGUCGACACUUCAAGCUUGAAUGUGUAAACCGAAUAUAUGAUGGUCAGAAUGCAACAUUGUGGACGGAUCAGUUAUAUGGUGCUCAGAUUGCACUCUAUGAAAGCAUCCUGGCUAGCCCUUAUCGAACAUUAAAUGGUGAAGAAGCAGACUAUUUCUUCGUUCCUGUUCUAGAUUCAUGCAUUAUAACUCGUGCUGAUGAUGCACCCCACUUGAGUAUGCAAGAGCAUAUGGGUUUGAGGAGCUCUCUAACCCUUGAGUUCUAUAAGAAGGCAUAUGAUCACAUGGUUGAGCAUUAUCCUUACUGGAAUCGCUCAGCAGGAAGAGACCAUAUUUGGUUUUUUUCGUGGGAUGAAGGUGCUUGCUAUGCUCCUAAAGAGAUUUGGAACAGCAUGAUGUUGGUACACUGGGGAAACACAAAUUCAAAGCAUAACCAGUCUACAACAGCAUAUUGGGCUGACAAAUGGGACCAAAUUCCUUCACAUAAGAGAGGCAAUCAUCCGUGCUUUGACCCUGAGAAGGAUCUUGUGCUUCCUGCGUGGAAACGACCAGAUCCAAGUUCCUUGAGAUCAAAACUAUGGGCUUGGCCCCUUGAGAGACGUAGGACACUUUUCUGCUUCAAUGGAAAUCUUGGACCAGCUUAUGCUAAUGGCAGGCCUGAAGAUACGUAUAGCAUGGGCAUCAGGCAGAAACUGGCAGAAGAAUUUGGAUCAAGCCCAAACAAAGAAGGAAAACUAGGGAAACAACAUGCAGAAGAUGUUGUUGUAACCCCUGUACGGUCUAUGCAUUAUUAUGAGGAUCUGGGAAGCUCUGUUUUCUGUGGGGUAUUACCUGGAGAUGGUUGGAGUGGUCGAAUGGAAGAUAGUAUCUUACAUGGAUGCAUCCCUGUAGUUAUUCAGGAUGGGAUUUACUUGCCAUAUGAAAAUGUACUCAAUUAUGAUAGUUUUGCUGUGCGAAUUCGAGAGGAUGAUAUUCCAAACUUGAUUAAGAUUCUACGGGGGAUUGAUAAAAAAGAAAUAAAAUUCAAGUUGGCAAACAUUCAAAGGAUCUGGCAGAGGUUCUUGUAUCGUGAUUCUGUCUUACUUGAGGCUGAACGUCAAAAAAGUGUUUGUGGCCUUGUGGAUGACUGGGCUGUUGAGUUCUUGAGACUGACUGAAGAUGAUGUCUUUGCCACAUUCAUACAGGUUCUACACUACAAGUUACACAAUGAUCCUUGGAGGCGGCAACUCAGUUACAUGAAAAAGGAAUAUGGCUUGCCAGCGGAGUGCUUGAUCAAAACCAGGUGAGGGGUUGCAAAUAAUCAAUAAGACUUCUCGAAAGGAACUAGUGUUAUUGAGUUGAGGCAAGAA